CGGGCGCGGCGGAGGGACCGCGGAGGACGUCGGCCGCGCCCGGCCCGAGGCGGGGUGCGGGGCGCAGCGGGCCGGGGCGCGGGCGCCCAGGGGUCCCGGCGCGGGGGCGGUGGGCGCGGGCGGGGCCGGGCGCGCCGAGGACCCCCGGGCCGACCAGCACGGGCAGCCAUGGGCUCCGUGGGAAGCCAGCGGCUCCGGGAAGCUGGUGCAGCAAGCCCGUGGGACAGGAGCAUGGUCAUGAGCUUCAGCUUCGACGGCGGCCAGCUGGAGGAGGUGGCGGUGGGUACUGCUCGAGGCCAGGCUGAUGGGCCCGGGGGCACCCCAGUUUCUCCAGACUCUGCGGCAGAGGAGCCAGUCCCGGACGAUCGCUACCACGCCAUCUACUUUGCGAUGCUGCUGGCUGGCGUGGGCUUCCUACUGCCAUACAACAGCUUCAUCACCGACGUGGACUUCCUGCAUCACAAGUACCCAGGGACCUCGAUUGUGUUCGAUAUGAGCCUCACCUACAUCUUGGUGGCACUGGUGGCCGUGCUCCUGAACAACGCGCUCGUGGAGAGACUGAGCCUGCACACCAGGAUCACCGCCGGCUACCUCCUGGCCUUGGGCCCCCUCCUGUUCGUCAGCAUCUGUGACGUGUGGCUGCAGCUCUUCUCUCGCGACCAGGCGUAUGCCAUCAACCUGGCCGCCGUGGGCACUGUGGCCUUCGGCUGCACAGUGCAGCAAUCCAGCUUCUAUGGGUACACGGGGAUGCUGCCCAAGAGGUACACCCAAGGGGUGAUGACCGGGGAGAGCACGGCGGGCGUGAUGGUGUCCCUGAGCCGCAUCCUCACGAAGCUGCUGCUGCCGGACGAGCGCGCCAGCACGCUCAUCUUCUUCCUGCUGUCCGCCGGCCUCGAGCUGCUCUGCUGCCUGCUGCACCUGCUCGUGCGCCGCAGCCGCUUCGUGCGCCGCCACACGGCUCGGCCCCGCGACUGCCACCCGGCCGGGUCCCGCUACCGCGUGCACCACGACGUCGCCGCCGGGGACGUCCGCUUCGAGCACCAAGGCCCAGCCCCGGCCAACUGUGGGUCCCCAAAGGACAGCCCGGCCCACGAGGUGACCAGCGGCCGCGGGGGAGCCUACACGCGCUUUGACGUGCCUCAGCGGAGAGUCAAGCGGAGCUGGCCCUCCUUCAGAGCCCUGCUGCUGCACCGCUACGUGGUGGCCCGCGUCAUCUGGGCCGACAUGCUGUCCAUCGCCGUCACUUACUUCAUCACGCUGUGCCUGUUCCCGGGUCUCGAGUCCGAGAUCCGCCACUGCAUCCUGGGCGAGUGGCUGCCCAUCCUCAUCAUGGCCGUCUUCAACCUCUCUGACUUUGUGGGCAAGAUCCUGGCGGCCCUGCCCGUGGACUGGCGGGGCCCGCACCUGCUGGCCUGCGCCUGCCUGCGCUUGGUCUUCAUCCCGCUCUUCAUCCUGUGCGUGUACCCGAGCGGCGCGCCCGCCCUCCGCCACCCCGCCUGGCCCUGCGUGUUCUCGCUGCUCAUGGGCAUCAGCAACGGCUACUUCGGCAGCGUGCCCAUGAUCCUGGCGGCCGGCAAAGUGAGCCCCAAGCAGCGGGAGCUGGCAGGGAACACCAUGACCGUGUCCUACAUGACGGGGCUGACGCUGGGCUCGGCCGUGGCCUACGGCACCUACAGCCUCACGCGGGGCGCCCGCCGCAGCUGCUUCCCCGCCACCGCCAACGCCUCGCUCCCCGCCGGGCCCUGAGCCGGGCCCGCCACCUGCAGUGCCUGCUGCCACCCGGGGCCCCACCAGCCCUGCGCCCUCUGGCUGCACCCAGGGGCCCCAGCCCUGGGGGGGUCACUCACAGCCAUCCCCACCCAGGAGAGCAGACACCAGCCAGUGUCCCCGCCUGGAGGCCCCCGCCCCCCUUCACACCAUCCGUGGCACCUGUGAGGGUGCACCUGAGCCAGCCCUUCCUUCAUGGGGGCCCCUCGUCCUGAGCGUGAAGACCUCAGUGGAGAGGGUCCAUCCCCAGCCUUGUUACCCCACGGCCUCUGCCUGUCCCCUGCUCUCAAAUGCUGGUUCUCCAGAACAGAACGCAUCUGCCAUAAUGGGAUCGUAGCCCGGGUCUGGACGGGCUCGGACUGCGGUCCACACCGGCCCCUCUGUGACCACGGCUUUGGUGCACCCACAGCUGGGCACACCCAUGCCACCCACCCUGGCACCCACCUGAGGCUGCGGGCCUGGGGGGUCUGUGCCUGACUGGGGACCCCCAUCGACUUCUCCGGCCCCUCCACGGACUCCUCCUGUGACCGUGAUACAGGAGUGGGCACAGUAUGGGGGCCGCAGAGCAGGGCCCCACGCCCUGACUGAAAGCUUGACCCAGGCCUUGCUCCACAUGGGGCGAGGCCCAAGGAGGGAUGUGACAUGCCCACCAGUCCCAGGAAAGUCAGGAGGGGCAGAGGUCCCACGCAAGCCCGGACCCUCCAGAGCAUCCUGCCAAAGACGGGCUUUUCCAGGGGGCGCCUGGCCUGCCCUUGCACACCCACGGCGCAGCCGUGCCCACCCCCCCACUGUGUCCUGUCCACGUGUCUGUCCACUGACUGUACCGCACUGGCCAUUAAAAGAUGAAGGCAGAGAUGCCCCACCACCGCCUCUGGAGCAGCGUCUAUGUGGGCAGGGCUACCGCCGCCAUCUGGGGGCAGGGGUCCUGGCGGGACAAGGCCACCCUCAGAGCUGGGCCCUGCCUUCCCGGCUGUAGGGCCCACCUGUGCGCAGGCCUGAAGUUUCUGGGGUUGGGGGGCGUCAGGCAGCAGGAGGGUGUCGCACCUGGGGGCCGGGCCGGUUUUGUGUGGAGGGCUGAGGACGGGGGUAUUUGGGGUUUGGACGGCGCCUCGGUGGCCCUUGUGUCCUCGGGUCAGCUGGGCCCCGCCCCCGGGGCUCAGCCGGGUCCUGAGGCUGAGGGUCUGGGCUCCAGUCCCGACUCUGUUGCUGAUUCGUGUGAUGGGGCCCAAUCCCCGCUCUGUUCGGUGCCUUAGUUUCCCCGAGGUGUGGGGUUGGUCCCCUCUUUGGUAUAGGUCCCUCGCGGGCUCGGGGACCCACCCACCGGCAGGCCCCGCCCCCGGGAGCCCCGGGCGGCCACGUGGGCCGGGACCACGAGGGGCGACGCCGCAGGGGCAGCCAGCCAGGUGUCGCCGGCGCGCUGCUCCUCCCGCGACUCGGUGUGGGCGGGGCCGCCCCCGCCGGGACUCAGUUUCUCGGAAACGCCCUUCCCCGGCCAGAGCCGAGCUGGCCGCCUUCUGUGUUAACGCUUUCAGUUGCCGCUGUGACCUCUUCCCGCGGCCCUGAGAUGACACAGCCCAGAAUGUCGUCCGCGUCCCAUGCACACCGAGCGCACCGGGUCGCCGGGCGGUACCGCGGGGUCAGGCUGGGAGCUGACCUCGGGGAGGGAGGGGGCGGCAGCGCCAGGACCCCGGCCCAGCCUCCCCGCCCCUGCAGCCCCUCCCCUCUGCACCGGCUCAGGGCCACUCAGACCACCAGCAUCGUCGUCGUCAGGCGUGGACCUGGCUGGGCGCGCUCAGCUGUCAUUUUAAAGGAAGAAAAAGGAGAUGCGCCCUCCAGCCGCGCACUGACCAAGAGUAAACUUUCUACGCUGAUGGGGACCGUCUCCACCUCGGCUACCCUAGACAGUAGCCAUUCGCCACGUCUGGAAACGUGGCCGGUGCAACCGAGAAACUUCUCCGGUCCCUUCGUGUAAAAGAGCUGAAUUUCAAACGCCACGUGUGGCCCGUGCGCACUGGACUGGGCGGCCCCGCGCCCCACCCCGCCCCAGAGCCCACCCGGGCCCCUGAAAUGAGCCACUACAGACAACGGUACUUUUCCAAUGAUAGCUUUUUCUUUUCUUUUCUUUUUUUUAUGAAAAAGAUCACACAGAAUUCGCCAACAAACAAAAUUCCAAAAGAAACUUAAAAAAAAAAAAAA